AUGGUGAGCAUUUCUCCGACCUCACGCCAAUCCAGAGCCCUCAUCUUCCGCAACAACACCGCCUUCAUCGGCGCUGUCUUCGUCGGUGCCUUCGCCUUCGAGCUGGCUUAUGACAACGGCAUGGACAAGGUCUGGGACAAGAUCAACAAGGGGCGCCAAUGGAAGGACAUCCGCCACAAGUACGUCCAGGAUGAGGAGUAA